AUGAUGAAAGAGUUAAGUGAGACUGGUUUAUCCUUAUAUUCCAAGGUCAUCAGGACGUUCAAGAUAGAUGGGUACAUAUCUCAAGAGAUUUUAGAUGAUCCUUCCAAAAUAUUGGAUUACUUAUCAAAAGGGAUCAAAGAAAUGGUACUCACAGAAGAUGGAUUACCUAAACUAGAAUUUGUUGCUGAAGUAAUAGGUUAUAUAUUCUCUGGCUAUGCAAUUGUGGUGAUUUUAACUGCUAUAAUUAUCAAUCGACUUGUGGCAAUGUCAUCUUUAAGAUCUUCUACGACCCCUGUAUCAUUACCUGUUUUUGCAAGAGUAUGGGUCCAUCUAUUAGUGAUUAUUCCCUUAGGUUAUGCAAUUGCACAAUUCCUUUGUCAAGUUGAAAUUAUUGAUUAUUUCCAUAAAGUAGAAACCUCUUUCUUCUUAAUAAGAGUAUUGAUAGUUCUGGCUUGGUCUCAUUGUAUCGAAACUUUUUACUGCUAUACCAUUAAUAAGAAGCCAUUAACUGAGUUCGAAUACUCUUUAUUCGAAAUGUCCUUACAAUUUUAUACCGUUGGUAUAUUAUACUCAAAUGAUGAAUAUUUAUCAAAUUUGAUGUUUGACAGUUUAAUGGCAAUGUUAAGCAGACUAUGGGUUCAUAUUGUUGAAAUUUUGGAUUGUAAAAAACAUAGAAUAAUAGGAAGUUCAAUUUUAGUAUUAGUUCAAGUUUUGUUCACAAUUAAAUGUAUUAAAAACGUUGGAUUGUCAUCAUUGUCAAUUUUCACUAUAUUUAGGGUAAUCGUGCCUGUACUAUCAAUUCUAUUAAUUUCUAAAAAUAUUAUUUUAGUAUUUAUGACAUCGCUCAUCAAGACAUUAAAAUCGAUUAUGUUCAUCAAAGGAUUUUAUAUUACAUCAUUCAACAGGGUUAUUUUAGAUGAAGUGCCCGAUUUUAAAAGUAAAGGUACAGAUGAAUUUUCAAUAUUUAUUUCCAAGUUAGCAUUAUCAUUGACUGAGACUGAAAAAGAUACUUCAAAUCCAGAGCAUACUAUUCAAGAUAAUGAUAAACAAGAAGUUAUUCAACAUUCAUAUUUAAUUAGUGGCUAUGGAAACUUGCUGAAAUCAACUCCUGAGGAUAUAUUUAAUAUUAUAAGUGAAAAUGAAUCUCAGAAGAAAUAUCAACCUAAAUUACCAUCCUUCCUAUUGCGUUUAAAAAUUAUUCAAAAGUUAACAAUGAAAAUAUUACUUGGUAAUACAAAUAUUAAGAAUGCUAUAUUUUUCAAAUCUAAUAAAAACUCCAAGAAGCACCAGAGAGUUAAGCAACAAAAAGAUUUCAAUUUAUAUGUGACUACUAAUAAUUAUGCCAAAUUUUUAGCUAGACCUGAUAGUACUUAUGACGAAUCUGUGACAUUAUUACCUGAGGAAGAUUCCUCUAAUGAUUAUGUAUUAAAAGAAAAUCCAAAUAAUAGCAAAUAUGAUAAGUACGAGUACAUGGAAGAUGAUGAUUCACUUCAAGAUGAAAUUCAUGAUAUAUUGAUGCCCAUUGAUCAAGUGAAAAAUGAAACUGAUAUAUCUUGGCACAUGUCAAUGUGGAAUAUAUUACAGUAUAAUUUAACUUCUCCAGAUCGAUUGACACGGAAAAGCUACUCACUAAUGAAUGAGAGUGGAUUAGUGUUGGAAGUUUAUGUAGAAAAGUAUGAGAAACAUAUUCAUGGACUAACAGCCAAUGCUAAAUUUGAAAUUGAAGAAGAUGAUGACGACGAGAAACUUGAAAAGGAGUAUAGAUCAUGCCUGAUUUGCAAAGAAAAUAAAAGAUGCAUAGUUUUAUGGCCAUGCCGUUGUUUUGUUGUCUGCAAUGAAUGUAGAACCUCUUUAGCAGAGAGGGCUAUACCUACUUGCAUAAGCUGUAAAGAAGAAGUGUAUGCCUAUAGCGUUCUUCAUACAGUAUAA